AACCAACUUCAUUUCUCUCUUUCUACCCAGUCUAAAAUGGAGUCUAGGGAGGUAAAAUCCAGCCCGACUUCAACACUCCUUUCUCAGUCCCCGUCGCCGUCUCCUUUACCGCCCCCGACUGUUCAGGCCCCCGUGGUGGUCAGUCCAUGUGCGGCGUGCAAGAUUCUGCGGCGGAGAUGCGCAGAGAAAUGCGUAUUGGCGCCCUAUUUUCCUCCCUCUGAUCCUCUCAAGUUCACCAUUGCUCACCGUAUCUUCGGCGCUAGCAACAUCAUCAAAUUGCUUCUGGAUCUUCCAGAUUCACAAAGGGCUGAUGCAGUGAGUAGUUUAGUAUAUGAAGCAAGUGCAAGAAUUAGAGAUCCAGUUUAUGGAUGUGCAGGGGCCAUUUGUCAGCUUCAAAAACAGAUAAACGAAUUGCAAGCAGAGCUAGCCAAGACACAAGCUGAGCUUGUCAAUAUCCAUUGCCACCAAACCAAUUUGGUGGCUCUGAUUUGCAAGGAAUUAGCCCAAACGCCACCACCGAUGUCAUCAUUGUCGCUCCUGCCGGACCACCGCUCACUUGACAACAAUUUCAACAUUGCCACUCCUCAAAACUACCAAGGGUACACAUCUUUGUUUGAGGAUAGCAAUAUUUGGGACCCUCUUUGGACAUGAAAAAGAAAAAGAGAAACUUGAGAUUUCUAAGACAAAGGUUUUGGGAAGUCAAAGUUGGAUUGGUUUUUAGUAGAACAUAUGAAAGUUAGGUAGUUGAUUAUCGGGUAAUAUUAGGCAGUUGUUAGGUUAGAUGGGUUCCUCAUUUGCUCCCUUAAAACCAAGAAAAGUGGAGUGAAGAAAAAGGACCGAUGGUUACUAGAGACUAGAUUAGUGCGAAAUAUAUUAUAUCUUAGUAUA